UCAAAUUAGGGAGCCAAGAUCGAGGCCAUUGCAACUCGGUAUGAGAUAGUCAAAUACUUCAACAGUUUGCUCCAUGAAAAGCAUGUCUACAAGAUGCACAACGUAUGGUUUGGUCUUAAUCCGGGUGCAUUUAAUUUUCGACAUCUAAAUGGUACCAUGGAGUUGUAUUUCACCCACCAAACUGUCGUAGAGCCAUACACUGUCCCAGUUCAAAUGCCGCCAUUUCCAAAACAUAUAUUCUUGAACCUUGAUGAUAUUGCCGAGCUGCCAAACAGGACUUUAGUUGACAUUAUGGCUAUUGUAGUCCACUUGGAUACAAUCCAUCGCACAAUGUGGGGUACAUUCAGGAAGAUUGUUAUAAUGGAUGCUAGGUGGUCUUUACAUACCAUUAAAGUUUGGGGCGAUUUACUAAACAAAAAUGCACUCCGUUGGGCGUUGGCUAAUGAGAAUUAUAGCAUCAUAAUUGGGACCAUGUUUCGGCGGUUCAGAAAACAAGAGUGUCUCGAAUCAACUGACCAUACAACAAUACACUUCAAACCGUUCCAUCACAACACCCAUUAUUUUGAACCAAUUCAAAAGGCUUUGGUGGCGCGGAACGAUCGUCAGUUUGCCGUUAGAUAUCUUGACGACCAAAGGCGUAGAUAG